GCGGAGCGAUGCACGCCAUGGGGGCCGCCUGUGCCUUACUGUGUACACCUUCGCUUUAUUCCGCUAGACACAGUGACCGAUUUACCGACCUCAUGACAAACGCCUCGUGAUCUUUCCGUUUUAUCCAACCUCCUUCAACUAAAAACGACAAAUCGAAAUAAGGCCCCGACGUGACUCUUUUCUUCCUAUCGAGCAAAAAAACAACCCGAGAAACUCCCCGAUACUCCCGAUAUUCUCCUGCGAACCGGAACUUUCAGCACAGUUCAUUGUAACAGGUACUCAGUCAAGAUGGUGUUUCUCAACUUGCUGACAUUUGGCCUCUGGGGAAAGCUUGGACGACUUACUCACUACGCCGUUGAUGCGGUUCUCAUCUCGACUAUCCUCGCGGGCAUGAGGCGCUCGACCGGCCUAACCUUCAACACCGAGCGCGUGACUGUCGGCGAGACUAAGGAGGCCAAUAAGUGGAUAGAAAAGUACCUGGGCGUCGGCGAAUGGGUCAUGGAUCAGUCCGUCGCGAUAGCCGGGUCCAGCGGCUGGUUCCAACGGACUCGAUGAGCGGUUAGUACGAGACGGGAGGGUUGGGGAUGACGCGCGAUAUAUCUGUGACUGGAAACCGAUCUCCCAUUAUCAAUCAUAGCGCUUGACUACGAUUCUUGGCGAGACGCCCAUCCAAAAGCCGGUUACACCUCUAUCACCGAUGCAUCACCACCACCCCUCCACCUCGAACUGGACCGUACUCGAUUGGAUUUUCCUUCCCCCUCUUUCACGAACAGGCGUUGUUGUUGUUGGGUCCAUAUAUCCAUUUGAUGAAAGUUUCUUGCUGCUACCACGAUAGAUGAAAGGAAUGAAAUGCUCGCCUCUGCUUGCUUCACUUGGCCACUACUCCAUGCGCAAGCCGACAGUUGUUGCGGCCGCAUUACGCUAUAUAAAAAUAUAAAGCUACAGUCUCAUUUGCGGGCAA